AUGUCAUUCGACCCACCACCUCGCCGUACGCCCGCCGCCUCGGCACCUUCCACCCGACCCACCACCCCCUCUGCGUCUGACCCCUCGACACCCACAUGGAAAGACAAGGUCAAAGCCCGGGGAGCAGUAUGGGGUAAGAAAGCGAUGGACAAAGGUGUCAAGAUCUCUGAUAAUAUCGGUGGGAGGGUGAAUGACAUAGCAGAGAAGAGAUUCGGUACGGAAGCGUUUUGGCCUGUAACGGGUGACUUUCCCAAGGAGAUGGACAAGUGUGCGAGGAUAUUAAGAGCUUUCACUGUCGACGGAAUAGUCACCGAGGAGAAAGAGAAGCCCGACCCAUCUUCACCUGACGACACUAAGAAGAAGAAGAAAGUCAAGGUCAUCCGUAAGAUCCCACCGUCAGUAAUAGCUUCUGCGAAAGGUCUGGCGAUAUUCACUUCGAUGAGAACGGGCUUCGCACCGUUCGGAGGUGCAGGUGGCGCAGGGGUGGUUGUGGCGAAAUUACCUGACGGAUCAUGGUCUGCUCCUGCAAGUAUAUCGCCCAACAACUUAUCAGCCGGGUUCCUUAUCGGAGUUGAUGUCUACGACUGUGUCCUCGUCAUCCGUACUCAAGAAGCCUUAGACUCAUUCAAAACCCACAAGGUAACACUGGGAGCGGAACUGGCCGUAGCUGCUGGACCGUACGGUGCGGGUGCAGCCGUAGAAGCAGGCAAAGAACGUGCACCCUUGUUUAGUUAUGUCAAAAGUAGAGGUGUGUAUGCCGGUGUAGAAGUGGUCGGGCAGGUGUUCGUAGAGAGAUUCGAUGAGAAUGGAAUGAUGUAUCACUGGCCAGGAGUCAAAGCCGGAGAUAUUCUAUCCGGCAAAGUCAAAGUCCCCAUUGAGGCAGCCUCUCUUCAGUCAGCUCUGAAAGAUGCCGAGACCGGGCGAGCUCAAUCGCUCAAAGGGGAUUCGCUAGAUAUAGUCGUCCAGGAGUCAACCGAUCUACAAUUGAACGAAGGUGAAACACUCAAAUUACCACCUACACCAGAUCAGACCGACGGCCACGAACAUGAGAGUGACCCCGAAACGGAAAGGAUCCAUCAUGCGAUUCAAGCCGGAAGUCAUAAUCCCUCAAGAACCAAUUCACCUCCACUACCACUUGUCGCUCCUGUCCCACAACAUGCCGGAGGAAUGACGAAAGGUAAAGGCGGUAGACUAGUUCCUCCACCUUUACCUGGUAGGAAUCCCAAUAGACCCAAUCUCGAGCACUUACAACAUUCUUCUCAAUCGCGUUAUUCCGAUGCGAUGGAUGGUCAAGAUAUGGUCGAUUCACCCUCCUCCAUACGGUAUGAUGCCCCAUCUGGGCUACCGCCUGACCAUCUUCUACCUCCUGCUCGUAUCGAAUCACAUCACCCUUCUCCACUUGGCGCACCACCACCUCCCUCAGCGACGUCCACUCUCGUACCGGGAUAUGACGAUGCUCCGCCUCGAGCGGAGACAGAAGAAUUCCCCCCUGCUUAUUCGGAUGAUAUAGGUGUGGUGGCAGGAUCAACUACAGCUUAUCCACAAGAGAAGAAGGCUCCCUUGGAGAGUGGACUGGUUCCUCCCGAUGCGAUGGGGUCGGAUGGUCAGCCGAUGUCAGAGAGUGAAAGGAGAGAAUGGGAAGAGUUUUUGAGCUCAGGAGGGGAUAAUCAUGCAAGUUCUGGACCAUCAGCAUCUGCAGGGGGUGUCCAAGGACUGACGACUAGUAUGGAGGAUCAUCAUUUGUACGAAAAUAAUGAUAGGCGCAGACACGAAGAGAGGGAAGAGAGUCUACAAAACCCUUAUGGUGACGAAGAGGAGGGCGGUUCAGGUAAAGGUAAGGGAAAACAGGAGAGGGAAGAUAGCCUGCAAAACCCUUUUUGA